GCAGACAGCAUUUAUAGAGUAAGUGGAUUUAUUGUGUUUGUACAUGCUGCAUGUAUUUGGAAUGACAAUGACCACUUCAACAUUGACUCGUUUGAUGAUGAUCUUUGGAGAAUGAUGGAACAUUUUGGCCAAUGGAAAGGUAAUUUUUAUUCGGAAAUGCCCCAUGCCACUACAGCUAUGCUCUCAGGAAAUCGACUUGGAAAUGCAGAUUAUGCAGGCAUUCAGGGUAGUGUAUGUGUCUCCAGAUGGGGAGUAUCAUAUGCCCAUGUAGGACAAAACCAUUACUUUCUGGCUUCAUCUUUCAUGGCUCACGCAUUGGGUCACGUUCUGGAUUUAGAGCAUGAUACAGAUGGCUGUGUUUGUUUCAGAAGGAGCUCUUGUGUCAUGAAUGAAUUUCCUAGUCUUCAGGAUAUGCUAAGCAAUUGUUCCCAUAGUACAAUGCUUACUCUGGUCAAUGACUGGGACCCUUGCUUGAGUAACAAACGUUCUUCAUAUAAUAACAUAAAUUAUGCAAUUCCUCGUUGUGGAAAUAAGAUAGUGGAUGACGGUGAAAAUUGUGACUGUGGUUCUUUUAAAGACUGUUUGUCUGAUGAGUGUUGUGGAACAAAUUGUCAGUUAACUCAGGGCAGCUACUGUGCUGCAGGAGGGUGCUGUGAAUCUUGUCAGGUUGCUCCCAGUGGAACAAUAUGCAGAGACAAACUUGGGAUUUGUGAUCUUCCAGAAUACUGUAAUGGAGUCUCAGCGCAAUGUCCCCAAAAUUUUUACAUCAUGGAUGGAACUCCUUGUUCUCCACUAGCAGUUUGCAUGUCAGGAAACUGUAGUGACCGUAAUUUGCAGUGUCAAGCUCUUUUUGGACACAAAGUAAAGGAUGCUUCACCAGAAUGCUAUAGAGUAUUAAAUUCCAGAGGUGACCGGUUUGGAAACUGUGGGCUUAGUAUCAGACGUGGAGGAAGCCGACCUAUCCCUUGUCAAAUCGAAGAUUAUUUAUGUGGACAGAUUCACUGUGAUGGUGUCAGGAAUGUUCCUGGUGGAGGUGAGCACACUACCUUUCAUCACAUAAAAAUACCAAGUUAUAAAGAAGAAAACUGCUUUGGGUACGAUGCACACCAUGGGACAGAACUUCCAGAAAUAGGCCUUGUAAUGGAUGGUGCAACCUGUGGCCCAGGGAAAUACUGCAAAAGUCAGAGAUGUGUUUUUCAUCAAACUUUGAAUUUUCGAUGCAACCUUAGUUCAUGUAACUUCAGAGGGGUGUGUAACAACAAUGGCAACUGUCACUGUGUCCAAGGUUGGCAACCACCAGAUUGUACAGAAAGAGGAACAGGUGGUAGUAUAAACAGUGGUCCUGCAGUUACUGCUGAGAAAAGAUUUAAAGCCACAGUACAUGUGACUGUCAACAGGCUAAUAAUUCUUUUAGGUACUCGCAUGCUUCUUGUCUUGGCUUCGAUUAUUUCUGGUGCUAUUUCAAAAGCAGUAUUACGUCCACAAGCGCCCCCACAUCACCCCCGUUAAUAAAUAAAUGAUUUCAUCCCAAACUCAUUGGAGCCACGCAAUGGACAAAUCCAUGUCAAUUACCAGAAGACGUUGUCAAUGAAGUCUCUUGACAGUCAUGUAACCAUUCACAAACCUGAGAAUUCCAUCUUGAAAUAAAAUCACUGAGGACUUAGUAUUGAA